AUCACAUAAAAUGCAUGGUGAUAUUAUCAAGUAGUUAUGCCAUAUUACGUUAUGCAAGACUUGUAACAUAUCGCAGUACUUUAGCAACCUAAGCAUGAAUGAGGUGUUAGUCCUUCAGUUUAGAUGGAAUACAUCUUCCAAAGUUGAACAAGUUUUGUCUAGAACUUCUUUUUGUACAAGGAUUACAACAGAUAAAAUACCAAAUUUGUAAUAGUUGAUAUUUAGAACUAGGAAUUGCCAUUGCUUUUAUCAUCUCAUAUUAAAUGGAUAAUAAGUUGAAAGGAUAAGAAUGGCAUUCCUUGAGUAAUUUUACUAUGGAUUUCUAUAUGCUUGCUCACAACUUGGAAGCUAUAAUCACAAAUUGUGUCCAUAGCUUAUACACUUACUAACAUUUUAAAAAUUGUGUUUAGAUGGAUACUCAUGUAAAAAAUAUUUCAUAUAAAUGCUUAGAUAAUUUAUGAACAAAUUUUAAGAAAUAAAACAAUACUUACGAAUAGUUUUAAGAAGUCAAUAUUGCCUUUGAUACGGUUUGACAUAUAAUUGGCAAUGUUGUAUUGCUAUAAUCUAACAAUCAUAUUCAUUAAACUUAUCCUUUUG